GGACAACAUCUUCCACCGGUUGCUGCCGAAGUUCCAAUCAUCAGGAUUUCGUCAGUGCAUCAGGUACUAUCGCAGACAUGAGCGGAUCGGGCAAAGGUCUACUGGGUCUCUGGCUUUAUCGGAUGGGCGAAGAAGAGUGGAAAUUGAAGGACUCAUACCAUGGCGAUAGAGAAAUGGCACCUAAAACCGACGCCAAGACCAACACGAUGAUUUUCUCUUUGAAAAACCAACCGGGAGGAUUAGCCAGAGCUCUGAAAGUGUUUCAAGCAAAACGAGUAAACGUCGUUCACAUUGAAUCACGCCCGUCUAUACGUCGCAAUUCUCAGUACGAGAUCAUGGUAGAUGUGCAAUGUAACGACGAUCAGAUGGCCGACCUCAUCGCUUCGCUUCAGAGUGAAGUAGCUGCUGUUAAACUGGCCGAAUUCGACAUGGGACUCGAUCCUCCAAUGUCACCGGCCAUCAGUGAAAGCUUCGACAAUUUUGAGGACAUGGUCUGGUUCCCGAAACGCAUUUCCGAAUUGGACCAGGCUCAACGAGUUUUACUUUAUGGAGCGGAUUUAGACGCCGACCAUCCGGGAUUCAAAGACCCCGUGUACCGUAAAAGGCGAAAGUACUUCACAGACUUGGCUAUGGCUUAUCGCUAUGGAGAGCCUAUACCGAGAGUUGAAUACACUCCCGAAGAGAUCAAAACAUGGGGGGUUAUCUUCAACGAACUACAUAAGCUGUAUCCCGUCUACGCUUGCAAAGAAUAUUUGGAAAACUGGCCACUGCUGGUAAAAUACUGCGGUUAUAGGCAGGACAAUAUCCCUCAGCAGGCUGAUUUGAAUACCUUCUUGAAACGUAAAACGGGAUUCACCAUCCGACCGGUUGCAGGUUAUCUCUCUCCAAGAGAUUUCCUAGCUGGACUAGCGUUCCGCGUAUUCCACUGCACUCAGUAUAUCCGCCAUAGUUCAGAUCCUUUCUAUACUCCCGAACCCGAUUGCUGUCACGAGUUAUUGGGACAUAUGCCAUUGCUGGCCAAUCCGAGUUUUGCCCAGUUCUCACAGGAAAUCGGGCUUGCAUCUCUGGGUGCCACAGACGAAGAAGUCACUAAACUUGCCACGUGUUAUUUCUUCACCGUCGAGUUUGGAUUAUGCAAAGAAAACGGUGCCCUCAAGGUGUACGGUGCCGGAUUGCUAUCGUCCAUUGCCGAGUUGCGUCACGCUCUGUCCGACGAGGCCAAACCCAAAAUAAAAGCAUUCGAUCCAGAAGUAACGGCGCACGAGGAAUGCAUCAUUACAUCUUUUCAAAACGCUUACUACUACUCUGAAUCUUUUGAAGAAUCCAAAGAGAAGAUGAGGAAAUUCGUGGCUACGAUCAAACGCCCAUUUGGCAUCCGUUACAAUCCGUACACUCAAAGUGUCGAAGUGCUUAGUUCGGCUGAGAAAAUCGUUGGGCUCAUGAGUGAAUUACGUGGCGACUUGUGCAUCGUUCACAACGCUCUACAAAAGAUCCACGAACAGGACGAUUCCAUAAAUGUCGACCAAUUGGCUAGUAUUCUCAACAAAGACAUGCCCAUCUGAAUCAGCCCUACUAUUAACCACCCAAAAUAUACAGAUCCCUCUCUCAACUGCGAAAAAAGCUUCUAUAAAACACUAGUAAUCGCGACACGUUGUAUUAGACAUAAAUAUAAGGAACAGA